AUGUCCAAGUGUGCGUUUGGAGUUCCUAUAGUUGAAUACUUAGGCCAUGUAAUUAGUGCACAAGGUGUAGCAACAGAUCCUAAGAAGAUACAAGCUGUUCAACAAUGGCCUAUUCCUAGGAAUCUUAAACAGCUGAGGGGUUUUAUUGGUUUAGCAGGAUAUUACCGAAGAUUUAUAAAAGGUUUUGGUGCUAUUUGCAGACCAUUGCAUGACCUUCUCAAGAAGGAUGGAUUUUUAUGGAUUGAGGAUGCUACCAGAGCAUUUGAGGAGCUUAAAAGUGCCUUGGUCUCUGCUCCUGUGUUAGCUAUGCCUAAUUAUGCUUUAACUUUUAUGGUUGAAACAGACGCUAGUG